AUGCUUUUAAAAAGUUUUCGCAGCCAGCUCAUCGCGUUGGCCGGGCCCACGACGACGAUUUCGUCGGCAGCUGAUGAGGCGGCGUGCGAGGAGGACGAGGACGUGGACGACCAGGCGAUCGAGGCACCGCUCGUGAGGCUUAGGAAGGAGCAGCACCACGAGUUCGGCAGGGGCGAGGGCGGCGACGACGACAGCAAGGCGAAAUGGGGAUUUAUCGCGGUUAGUCGAGAUGUGCGGUGGGCUGUGGAGUCGACGGUCGACAAGAAGCCGGAAAGCGGAAGAAGUUGUGAGAUGGAGGUUGAGCGCUAUGACCGACUGGCGAUCGUCGAAGAACGCGGGCCGACGUCUUCAACGAGGUCCAUCUCGACAUCUACCGACCCGCAGAAGAUGGACACCGAGAAGUUUUUUGGGCCGAUCGAUUUU